UGUAAAAUAUCUAUACUUGUAUUAUAUAAAAGGAAAAUGUUCGAAGAAAAUAAAUUCAGUAUAGGAUUCCAGCAGGCACCAGCGCCAUAAAAGUACUGGAAAGAGUAUUGAGUAUUGAGUUGCGAUGGACCAGAAAAAGGGUAGCAUGGCUAUAUGGGCCGUUUUCAUUGUGAUGACGACCUGGGUGUCAACGUCUCAAGCCAACAAGUUCGACUUUCCAGCUCACGUUGUCGGAGUGAAUCACUCGGCUCUGGAGGAAAUGGCACCUUACAUGAAGUACAAAAAAGUUGAUCUUGGAAUCGAUAACCUGGACGACAACCCACCUCUGCACAUAAGAAGAGCCUUGGCGAACGCGACACUCUCCGACGAUUAUAGGCUCAACCAACUCGAUCUCCCUGUUGGUAUACCGAGAUUCCUGGAAGCUUUGGCUCAAUUCUACUCGCCCCUCGUCGGUCAACACUUGGUACCAGGUGAGAACGUGUUCGCCACGAUCGGCGCGACUGGCGCAGUAUACGACGCUUUUCAGGGCCACACCUCACCCGGGGACGAAUGGAUCGUCAUCCAGCCUGCCUACACCAUGUACCUGCCCAUGAUCAAGAUGGCCCGCGGUGUGCCCAGGUUCACCAACCUCAAAUUACAGGCGAACAAGAGCGACGAGAUCACCGGCCAGGACUGGCUGAUCGAUCGCGAGCAGAUGGAGAGCCUCUUCACCAACAAGACCAAGGGAAUAUUGCUGAACAACCCGCUGAACCCAUUGGGCAAGAUCUACACCCUCGAGGAACUCGAGUUCAUCGCCGGACUUGCCAAAAAGUACGACACUCUCGUUAUUUCCGACGAGGCUCACGAGUGGAUCGCCCACAAGCCGCACAUUAGAAUCGCUUCCUUACCUGGAAUGUGGGAGCGCACGGUUACGAUCGGAUCAUCGAGCAAAUCGUUCAGUGCAGCCGGUUUCCGAGUUGGCUGGGCCUACGGACCGGCAAAUAUCUUGAACCACCUGAAAACCGUCCACGAGAGGACUGCGGAUAAUGCACCAACCCCAAUACAGGCAGCUCUAGCCAUCGGUUUCGAGCAAGAAUACCGUGACUUCGGCAAGCCCGACUCGUUCUUCGCGAUUCACAAUCGCGAGGUACAGGCCAAGCGCGACUUCAUGGUCGAGGUGUUCAAGAAGGUGGGUUUAAGGCCGAUCAUACCAGGCGGUGGAUACUGUAUGGCGGUCGACUGGACAACCCUCAAAGGAAAGCCUCUGCUGAAGACCAAUAAGGACGCGAGUAUGGAGUUCGUCAAGUGGCUGCUCAAGAAGGUCGGUGUGGUUUCACUGCCCCUCUCGUGGUUCUAUGCCGAAGGACACAAGCAUCUCGGAGAGAACUAUGCUCGAUUCUGCUUCCACAAGAAUGAAGACACCCUCAAGAAGGCGGAAGAGCAGCUGCAGCUGUUGUUACAGUACCGAUAAACUUGAAUAAGAAGAUCGUAAUGUUAUAAAUGAAUCUCCGUGUGCUGCCGUCGAGUCAACCAAGCAAUAUGCGCGGCUGUCUCAAAGAGCUAUACACACGAGUAUAGUUUUUAACGAUUUGUUAUAUCAAUUUAUUUAUUUCAUUUAUUUGGAUCUACUUGCUCCUCUUGAGGAAUGAAUAGAAAAGAAUACAUGUCAGUUAAGAUAUAAGUACAAGUGAAAUAAAACUACCAAAAUUAUGGCAA